ACUCGUUGGUUAAACCAACAUGGUGGCACCCUGCAGGCAAUGUGAAUGUAAACAGCGGCUCACCUCUGGGACAUUAAGCACUUUAAUACCUGUUUUAAUAGAACUUAUAUUUAUAUAAAACCCUCAAUGGCUCUCAGAGUGUGCGCGCGAGUCUUCAAAGGCUCCGCCCUCCUUUCAUCACGAGCCGUGGUUUCCGCGCGACACGAAAGUGCGUCAUGGAUUCUAACGACAGGAAAUGGCGCCUGCAUCCGAGGAAGAGGGACGGGAUUCAACUUGACUCCUGCUUGUUUUAUAUCUUCAGAGGUUCUUCUCAACAGAUUGAUGAAAGGCAAAGCAGUGGAAGAAGACGGCAGCAUCCAUCGACAGCCAGCCUCAGUUCCACCGGACAGCAGUGAGCAGUUUUCUUUGUUGCUGAGACAUCCGGAUCAGCCGGAGAACUCAAAAGUUUUGAAAGUGGCUAUUAUCGGAGCUCCGAAUGCAGGGAAGUCCACCCUGUCCAAUCAGAUUCUUGGCAGGAAGGUGUUUGCAGUGUCCAAGAAAGUCCACACUACGCGCUCCCGAGCCCUCGGCGUCCUGACGGAGGACGACACACAGAUAAUUUUACUCGACACUCCUGGUCUCACAACUGCAUCGAAAGUCAAAAGACACCAGUUAGAGAACUCUCUGCUCGUAGAUCCCUGGACAACAGUCAAAGAAGCCGAUCUGGUGGUCGUCAUGGUGGACGUGGCCGACAGAUGGAUGUGCCUCAAGCUGGACUUCGAGGUGCUCAGAUGUCUUGCUCAGCACCCUGACAUCCCUGCGAUCCUGGUCCUCAAUAAGGUGGACCUGCUUAAGACCAAGGACCGGCUACUGGAUAUCACAGCAGAGCUGACGUGUGGAAUCGUUAACGGACGUAAAUUGCACGUCAGGCCGGUGAUAAAGCCUCCGUGGGCUGAGAAGAGGCUGCAGAGAGACUCUGAGUCCUCGCUGGAAGAGGAAAAGUCAGGGCCCGAGGGCGGCGGCAUGCUGAGCAAAGAGCAGCUGAAGGUGCUGAGGGGUCAGCGGGGCUGGCCUCACUUCAAAGACGUCUUCAUGACGUCGUCGGUGGACAGAGAGGACGUGGACACGCUGAAGAGUUACUUCCUGGUUGCAGCGAAGCCGGGCUCGUGGCCGUACCACAGCGAGGUCCUGACUGACCAGAGCCCCGAGGAGCUCUGCACCAACAUCAUCCGAGAGAAGCUUCUGGAGUAUCUGCCGCAGGAGGUGCCCUACUCAAUGACUCAGUCCAUUGAACUCUGGCAGGAUAGAGAAGAUGGCGACCUGGAUAUUUCUGUGAAACUGAACGUCAGGAAGGAAACACACAUGAAGAUGGUGAUCGGCGCAGGGGGUCAGGUGGUGGCUCAGAUGGCCCGAGAGGCGGGCGAGGACCUGAGCCGCGUCUUCCUCAGGGAAGUGAAGCUGAAGCUCUCGGUGAAGCUGAGGAAGUGAAAAAGAUGGAAGAAGGACUUUGAAAUGCAUAAACCUCUGAAGGGAUGAAGACGUGGAAAGAUGGAGGACGGACAUGAAGAGUCGAAGCAGGAGCAGUGACCUCCACAGACGAGAUGUUUCCUGGAAACGCCUCCUUCUUUUUUACUUUAUCUGCAGCCUCCUUUCAUGCACACUCACACCUCGUUAUAAAGACUCCUUAAGUGAGGAGGCAACAGAGGACAUGUUGGUGUCAUGGUGGAGAGAGAUUUAACUCGUCUUUAUCAGUCAAAUCGAGAAAUGACAGCAAUAAAAAACCCGGUUUAGGAAUGAAAUGAA